CUUUUGCCAAAUUUUGAUCUCUGUAAUUUACUAAAUUUUGUCUUGCUAAAGUUUAUUGAACAAAAUCGACUUGCUUUCAAGUUUUUGAAGACCAUUUAUGAAUGGAUUUUAAAAAGUUGCUUCAUCUUGUUUUUCUUCUUGGUUUGGUAGGAUUUCCUACAUCUUCUGCUGUGGAUGAAUGGGACGAAUGGGGCGAGUGGGCGCCUUGUCCAGUAACGUGUGAUGGUGGUGUAACAAUUCGCGUAAGAGAUUGCAUGGGAUCUUCGUGUUCAGAUGACGGAAGUUUUGGAUCUGAAACAAAGGCUUGCAAAACUGAUGGAUGCCCAGUUGACGGUGGUUGGUCAAAUUACACUGAUUGGUCACCAUGCAGUGUAUCAUGCACUGGUGGAAUCCAAACGCGUAAUCGCACUUGCACGAACCCUGCCCCAGAGAAUGGUGGCGCCGAUUGCGUAGGAGACUCAGGGGAAGAACAACGUUGCAAUGAACAGGAAUGUCCAAUUGCCGGUGGUUGGUCAGAAUGGGGGGACAUGACGUACUGCAACACUGACUGUAAUCAAUUCCGCUAUCGGGAAUGUGACAACCCCGAACCUCAACAUGGCGGAGAAGAAUGCCCCGGAGAGUCUUCACAAAAAUAUCAGUGCAGUAUAUUGGAUUGUCCAGUUGACGGCCAGUGGGGAGAGUGGUAUGUACAUGAUUGUGACGUAAACUGCCAUGGCCGAAAGACUCGUAGCUGCGAUAACCCAGAACCAUUACGUGGAGGCGAGUAUUGCAUUGGACCAGACACAGAGGAAUAUGGAAAUUGUACUGAUUACGACUGUGUUCAAGAUGGUGCAUGGAGUAGCUGGGACGAGUGGUCUGAAUGUUCCAAAAGCUGCUCCUACGGUAUCCAAACCCGCUACCGUUACUGCGACGAACCCUACCCGAGAAACGGCGGCGCUAACUGUCCCUUGGAUGACCCUAACCAGUCGGAGCGCUCCUGCUAUCUUCAGGCGUGCCCUCAACCUUUAACUCAUAGAAAGAAAUACAAGCCAAAGCGGAAUGAUAUCGAUUAUGCAUUGAUCCUGGCUAUCAUUUUCGGAUCACUCGGAGGUCUAACUGUCAUAUUGCUAAUAAUACUCGGAGUCCGUCGAAAACAACUGAAGCGAAUACGAGAUAAAUUAAUGGAGGAUAGAGAGAAAUCCGAAUUGUACAAGGAAGCUGCGGAAAUGAGCAUUAUCCCGGUAGGAAAACGAAGCGCCGCUGCUAAACUACGUCGCCAGAAAAUGAAGGAGAAACUGAAGAAAGGCGGAGAAGGCGACAAGAAACCGUUGAUCCAGAAGAGUUUCAUCGACACAGUAUUCCAGUUUGAAGAGUUUGAUACUCAACGACCCGAGAGCUCAUUGUCGAGAUCUAACAGCUCGCUCUCUCGGCCCAGAUCAGCGGAAUCUAGGCCCGGAACAGCUGCAUUCGACCGCCCUCACUCCCGACAAGUCAGCUUCAAUGAACGACCUAGUAGCCGGGUUGAUACCCCGAUGAUGAUGAAGGGUCUGGAACAGAUUGAUCAGCAGUUGCGUGAAAUAGCUGGACAACAGAACGCAGGCAACAAAGAUUCAAAAUUAAUUACUUUUGAUUACCAACAUGGAAAUUCUAACUCUGGUAAACCAGAAGAAGCUGUGGCAAAUAUGACGUCACUUGAGGCAGCCCUGGGAAUGACGCCUGAUUCGAAACCAACUGGUGGAAUAGCAAGCCUUAGCGCUGUUAUGGACGUUAAAGGCCGAGGAGGAAGGUUACCUAGCCUAGGAACAAGUACAACUAUAAAGGGAUUGCCACCACUACCACAGCACCUGGGAGCCCUGCCUCCUUUAAACACGUCAAAACAGCCUCCUACGGUGAACAUUGAAACUGUUACGGCUCAGGUACCGCAGGAAAAUUCAAGAAUAGGUAUCACUCUCAAUGAAGCUAUGGACGGUGGCAAAGGCGGUAAGAAAGCUGCCGGCAAGCAUACUUUGAACUUACCAUUGAGCAGGGAGGAAGAGGUUGACGAAAUCGUGGAAAAUUUUUGGGAAGUACCUCGUGAGAGUAUUGAAAUCGUUACUACACUUGCAAUGGGAAGCUUCGGUCCUGUGAUGAAGGCCAAGGCCUGGGAUCUUCUGAGCAGCCAAGGGGCAUCACUGGUUGUUGUCAAGGAAUUAGAUUCGAACGCAUCUCCAGCCACACGAAGCGCAUUCGUAAGAGAGUUGGAUGUGCUUAAGAAAUUGGAUACGCAUUCGAAUGUCAUAUCUUUACUUGGCUGUUGCACUAUACUCGAUCCUCUAUACAUGGUACUGGAGUACGCCCCCAAGGGUGAACUACAGAACUUCCUGAGACGCAACCGGCCACAUACACCAGGCGCUAAACCACCAAUGUCGAAGAACUUAAUGAACUUCGCUGUGCAGAUCGCUAAAGGGAUGACAUAUCUUCACCAAAAUAAGAUCAGCCAUGGAGAAUUGACUACUGGAAAUGUGUUGCUCGGAGACAGAAUGAUCUGCAAAGUGUCGAAUGUUGCUCGUGUACGGAACGUUGUUGAGAAUGUUGCUGAUGGACGUCUUGGUUUAAGGUGGAUGAGUCCAGAAUCUAUAUACGCAAGCGUUCAAACUGCGCAGAGUGAUGUUUGGUCAUUCGGUGUUCUUCUCUGGGAGAUUGUUAAUUUCGGCUCGACACCGUACCCAGAUAUGUCUGGAAGGGAGAUCAAAUCUCGCAUUAAAAUUGGAUACCGCAUGCCACAGCCGUAUUGUUCAAAGGAACUGUACAAUGUGAUGAUGUACUGCUGGAAUGAAGAUCCCAGUAAAAGACCGUCAUUCAAGGCUCUUGCCUCAAUGCUCUGGAAGAUGAAUGCAGAAGGAGUAGAACACGUUCAUGUUAAAGAUUUUGACCCCAAGCACUGUGUUGAUAUGGAUGACUUGCGCCCUCACACACCAGGGUCUGUUGCAUUUUAAAUGUAAAUCAACUUGUGAACUUGUGAAGUUUAAAUAUUUAAAUUUAAAGAUCAUACUAUUUGUAAAUUAGAGCAAAUGUUUCAUGAACAAAAGAAAUAUACGAAUAAUUGUAUAUAUUUAUAUUAUUUUCAGACAAUUAUUAUUCUGUACAGGUUUAAAAUGAAUGUAGUUACAACAUGUAAUAAAGAACAGUGCAUGACGUGUAACAAUUGCUGACAAUGACAAGUGUACUAAUGUCAUAUAGUAUAACCUAUUUAUUGAAAAGGACGCACUUAGAAAACUCUAGAAUCUUCUUUAAUCUACAGUCGUAAGAUUUUUGUGGGCAUUUCCUGCUGUUUUCCUUUUAAAAACAAAUGUACAUUCUUACGGUUAGCUGCACUCCCGACUUGCAAACGAAAACGCUCGUUUCGAUGCGUUUGAUAAUUUUAUUAAGAUUAUGUGUUAUUCACUGUGUUAAUAUUCAAAUUAUUGAUAUUAUCGUGCAUUCCUAAUACACAAAUAAUGAUAUGUAAGCAUAUGUUAGGUUCACUCGCUCGUGUAAGAUUAUUUACCUCAUAAUUAUUAAAUGAACAGAAUACUCAAGUGUUGUUAUUACAACAAUUAAAUAGGUAUUUUUCCUGCAUGCAACAUUACCACAAAGAAAAUCAAUUUAAAAACUAAAUUGUUCAUUUUAACGAAACGUAAAGAUUUUCAACUGCAGCAUAGACAUUUGUGUAUUUAAAUAUUUAUUUAUGCUGGUAUGAAUAAAACCAUUCAGAACUGUGUUAGAGAAGCUUGAAUGACCCGAUCCAUCCAAGGGGUCAUUAGUCUGAAGAAAAUGACCGAAACAGUUGCUGAAACCGUUGCUCAGGUAAGCAACUAAGUGGUUUAUUAAAACAGAUAAUUUUCCUACUAUACUAUUGAAGCAGAUGAAAUUCUUUGAGACGAAAUCUACAUGUUUUACAAAAUAAUCUAUUUAUUUUCGAACAAUUUUACAAGGCUAAAUAUCAAUGCGUUGAAGUCGCGUUCACAUAUUUUUCAAUCGCAUAUAAAGACGUAUAUUUGAAGUAAAGAUAUUUGGCAGUUAAUUGUAUUUUAAGUAAACCAAUUUUCGUGUAUGGAUGUACACAUUUAUCAUAGGUGUUGAUUUUUGGCCUAAUAAACUCUAGUGCUUAUAUUUCUGUGUAGUAAGCGUUUUAUAUAUUAUUAUUAUUUAUUAUUAUUAUUA